UUCAACCCCCCCCCCGAUUUGAUACCUUCCUUCUCCCAUUCGCUUUCCUUCUGAUUUUUUUUUCCUCUUGCCGACUAAACGAAAGCACACGGAUUGAUGACUGUUAAUUUGAAUCGAGAUUCCUGAGUCUCUCUCUUUCUCACAGAAAUGACCGGCGCCGCCUCGGCGCUUUUCCUCUUAGACAUAAAAGGCCGCGUCUUGAUUUGGCGCGAUUACCGUGGCGAUGUCUCCGCAGCUCAGGCCGAGCACUUCUUCACCAAGCUCAUCGAGAAAGAGGGCGAUCCGCAAUCGCAAGAUCCAGUGAUUUACGAUAAUGGCAUAACGUACAUGUUUAUACAACACAAUAACGUUUACUUGAUGACUGCCUCGAGGCAGAAUUGCAAUGCCGCCAGCCUUUUACUCUUUCUACAUCGUUUAGUUGAUGUGUUUAAACAUUAUUUUGAAGAGUUAGAAGAGGAAUCCCUCCGAGAUAAUUUUGUAGUUGUGUAUGAAUUGCUCGAUGAAAUUAUGGACUUUGGCUUCCCGCAGUACACUGAAGCGAAGAUUCUUAGCGAAUUUAUCAAGACCGAUGCUUAUAGGAUGGAAGUUACACAGCGUCCUCCCAUGGCUGUGACAAAUGCAGUGUCCUGGCGUAGUGAAGGGAUACGAUACAAGAAGAAUGAAGUUUUCUUGGAUGUGGUGGAGAGUGUGAAUAUACUUGUCAAUAGCAAUGGCCAAAUAAUACGUUCAGAUGUUGUGGGGGCACUAAAAAUGCGAACAUAUUUAAGUGGUAUGCCUGAGUGUAAGCUUGGCCUAAAUGAUAGAUUACUACUGGAGACUCAAGGUGGAGCAGCAAAAGGAAAAGCCAUUGAUCUGGAUGAUAUCAAGUUCCACCAGUGUGUACGUUUGGCUCGAUUUGAAAAUGACAGGACAAUAUCCUUCAUACCUCCAGAUGGAUCUUUUGACCUGAUGACAUAUAGGCUCAGUACUCAGGUAAAACCUCUCAUUUGGGUAGAAGCACAAGUUGAAAGGCAUUCUAGAAGUCGUAUUGAGAUCAUGGUUAAAGCUCGGAGCCAGUUUAAGGAGCGCAGCACUGCCACAAGUGUUGAAAUCGAGUUGCCUUUGCCAUCCGAUGCUACAAAUCCUAAUGUCAGAACAUCGCUGGGAACUGCUACAUAUGCUCCUGAGAAUGAUGCUUUGGUUUGGAAAAUCAAGUCUUUUCCUGGUAAUAAGGAGUAUAUGUUGAGGGCAGAGUAUACCCUUCCUAGUAUAACUUCCGAAGAAGCUACUCCUGAAAGAAAGGCUCCUAUCCGUGUGAAGUUUGAGAUACCAUAUUUUACUGUCUCGGGGAUUCAGGUUCGAUAUCUCAAAAUAAUUGAAAAAAGUGGAUACCAGGCUCUUCCAUGGGUGAGAUACAUAACGAUGGCUGGUGAAUAUGAACUAAGACUGAUGUGAAGGCUGUUCUAAAUAAAAUUGCUGUCCACUUUGGAAGAAGUUUGUUUCCCUAAUUUUGGUGGGUGCAUGGGCUCUGCCUAUUAUAUUAAUACAAUCGUAUACUUAUCAAAAAAAAAUUUUGGUGGGUGCAUUAGGGUUGCUCUUCUGUAAUUAUUUUCCUUCUGAGAGUAAUGUGAAGGCCGUUUUGUAAUAGGGGCGCUCUAUUUGUUCCCAUAAAUUUUUGAAAUGUAAGGAUUGCUUUCUAAGGAUACAGUAGCUGUUCAAAACGUUGAGUCUGUUUAUUUUGUGUGAGUUCGGUCAUUUUUGUUGUGAAAUUGGACAGUGGGAUUUCAUUCAA